AUGGCGGGAUUGAAUGAAACCAGUUCUUUGGUCAAAGAGUUUCUCAUUACAGGAUUUGUUGGCUUUAGAGACCAAGAAAGCAGAAGAUACUUGUUUGGAGCCUUCCUCACGGUCUACCUUUUCAUUCUUGUUGGAAACAUUGCCUUAAUUAUCAUUUUUCUGUCUGACAGAACACUCCACACCCCUAUGUACAUAUUAGUUUGUGGUCUGGCUGUUCUCGACAUCGCCAUCACUACUAACACUGUGCCCAGUAUGCUGGUCCUGUUCACAUUUGAGUACAGAGUUGUACCGUUUGCUGCUUGUUUUACUCAGACGACAUUUUGGUUGGGUUUGUGCUCAACUGAAGGCUUUCUGCUUGCCCUAAUGGCCUAUGAUCGCUACAUAGCCAUUUGCAGCCCGCUUCACUAUCCUAAUUUAAUGCACAACAUUCGCAUCACAAAACUGAUGGCCUGCUGCUGGGUGGUUGGCUUUCUUUGUGCAAUGGUCACUGUGGUAUUUCUUCUUAGACUCUCAUUCUGUGGGCCUAAUCAAAUAAUUCACUGCUUUUGUAACUUUGUAUCUUUACUGUUUUUGGCCUGUGGGGACAUUCAGGUUAGUAAUUAUGCUGCAUUAGUUUUUGGUUUGAUUGUGCUGCUCAUUCCUUUAGCAUUUAUCCUUUUUUCAUACAUGCAGAUAAUAUUCUCAGUUGUAAAGAUCGCCACUGCUGAGGGACGAAUGAAAGCCUUCUACACUUGUGGCACACACAUGCUGGUUAUUUCUGUCUUUUUCUUGGCGACUUGUAGUGAUUUUGUAACCUACAGAAUUCCUGGUACUUCUUUGGACACCCACAUAAUGAUUCUAAUCAUGCAGAAUAUCUUCCCAGCAUUAGUGAAUCCAAUAAUUUACUGUUUGAGGACAAAGGAAAUCAGAAAAAGUUUUAUCAAAACAUUAAAGAAUUUACGAAUUAUAAAGGAUGGAAAAGAGAGUUAG